CCCGUUGCCCGCGCCCUCCCCCCGGGAGCGGCGGGGCGCGGAGGGCAGCGCGCGCCAUGGCGGGCUCCAGCCUGCGGCCGCACGUGCACUGGGCGCAGCGGCACCGCGAGCUCUACCUGCGCGUGGAGCUCAGCGACGUGCAGAACCCGGACGUCACCAUUACCGACAACGUGCUUUAUUUCAAAGCUCAGGGACAUGGUGCCAAGGGGGACAACAUCUACGAAUUUCAGAUCGAGUUCCUAGAACCGGUUGAACCUAAACCCGUCUACAAGGUAACUCAAAGGCAGCUGAACAUCACUGUGCAGAAGAAAGAGAGUAACUGGUGGGAGAGGCUCACCAAGCAAGAGAAGCGCCCGCUCUUCCUAGCUCCUGACUUCGAUCGCUGGUUAGAUGAGUCGGAUGCUGAAAUGGAACUCAGGGAGAAGGAAGAAGAAAAGAUUAACAAAAUGAAAAUAGAAUCCAGAGUCCCCAAAGACCCUUUCAAACACCUGAAGAAGGGAUACUUAAUCAUGUAUAAUCUUGUGCAGUUUUUGGGAUUCUCUUGGAUUUUUGUGAACAUGACAGUACGACUGUUCAUCUUAGGAAAAGACUCUUUCUAUGAUACAUUUUACACUGUUGCUGACAUGAUGUAUUUCUGUCAGACCCUGGCAUUAAUGGAGAUCUUGAAUUCACUAAUAGGACUAGUCAGAUCACCGCUGAUACCUGCUGUAAUUCAGGUGUUUGGAAGAAACUUUAUUUUGUUUGUUGUCCUUGGAAGUUUAGAGGAAAUGCAGAGCAAAGCUGUGGUGUUCUUCAUAUUUUAUUUCUGGAGUAUCAUUGAGAUGUUCAGGUAUCCCUAUUAUAUGCUUUCGUGCAUCGGUAUGGAAUGGAAACCGCUAACGUGGCUCCGUUACACCAGCUGGAUCCCUCUCUACCCCUUCGGAUGCUUGGCAGAAGCUGUCUGUAUUGUUCAAUCCAUUCCAAUCUUCAGUGAAACAGGAAAAUAUAGUCUGGCGUUGCCAAAUCCACUGAACGUCACAAUCCAGUUUCCGUUCUUGCUUCAAGUAUACCUUAUAGCCCUAUUUUUAGGGCUAUUUGUAAACUUCCGUCACCUCUACAAGCAAAGGAGAAAGCACCUUGGACCAAAGAAGAGAAAGAUGAAGUAAUGGAUGAUUGCAGUGCUUUCUUAUCUAACUUAUCUCAGUGAUAAGAUAAGCCUCUAAUUCUUAAAGUUUUACUCAGUGCAAUGUAAAGAAUUUUGUAAAGUUAAAUCAUAUUAGAUUUCAUAGUGAAUUCAGGUAACAUUCCCAUAUACUGUAUUUUGUUCUGUUUCAAUCAUAUGUAUGCAUGGCAUUUAUCACUGAACAGAAACAUUUAAACUUGUGUCCCAUCAACUACCGUAUUAGAAAGAAAUCCUAUUAUCUGCAUAUAUGCUUAUAAACAGUGGAGCAACACUAAAUAGAAAAAGUGUUUAUCUUUUAAUUGGAUAUUUGCUCUUUCAAUAUGCAUGCAGAUAGGGCUUCUGAUAUUGGGAUAUAGUAUUAGCUGGCCCAUGCUGUUCCUAGGGUGCCAUUUCGAUGGCAGGAGGAAUAGAGUCUGAGAGCAGUACGAACAGUGUUUGGGCAUUUAUUAGUGGUUGGGGUAAAUCUGCUCUGCCACUCUCCUUUUUUUAUUGAAGCAUGCUGCUGCUGUUAAAUUUAAACUGGAAGUACUGAGGUCAGAUUAGAUGCUAACUUGCUCUGUUCCUAGUUUAGUCUUAACAGGACAGAAUAGGAGCACUACGUGGACCCCAGCAGCACCUCUUUAGCAGGAUAAAUCCAACCAAGGCAUUUGGGACAGGAAGCUGCCAGCCUCUCACAUGGCUAGAAAUGCUUUCCUUGUUGAUAAUGCAAGCAGUAAAAUACAGCGAAAUAAGAAAACAUGGGUAUGAGCUUACUCUUAGAUGUAAACCCCAGCAGAAAAUUCCAUCCACUGAUACAGAGGGAGAAACAUCUUGUGGGAGAGAGAGAGACACAAACCUGGAACUCUCCCAGGAGGGUGGUCACCUCUGCUCUUCCCUGUCAGUGGUGUAGUUCCUGUAUUUAUAGCCUUCUGAAAGGCAGUAAAGAUGAUUGGGUUUUUUCCUACUUCCUAAAUUUAGGAGUGUAGCUGAGAAAUUGGCAUGUAUACUUUGUUAGACAGCCCCUCAUGAGUAGGGUGGUGGGUGAGUCUAAUAAUGAACUGUAGAUUAUUUUGAUACCAUGUACCAAAUCUUAGCAAGGGAGAUCUCACAUAGAGGGAAAAGGGUUCUUUCAAGCCCCUAUUUGUGUUAAGUAAUUAAAAAAAAGGGGGGAGAGAGAAAUCUCCCCCCCCCACCCCCGCCAGGGUUCUAAGUUGUCUGUUCUCUCAUGUGGAAACAUUUGUUUCAGGUGACUUCACUUAAAGAUGUGCUUCCUCACACCUAGCUUCUCCUAGUUGAUUCCAGAUCCUUAAUCCAGUUUAGAAAAAGCUUGUUAUUACUGUAUAAUAAGCUUGUUCUAAAACUAUGUUGUGGUAGAACAGGCUGCAUCAUGACUGCCACAGCCCCCAGGGCAAUGCAAAGCAAUGCCAGCAAUCCAGAACAGGCACUGAAGUUGAGAUUAGCUUAGUGCCAUCUUACUUUCUUUUCUACUGUAAAACAAUGUGAAUCCUACAGAAAACUAAGUAUUUUUGAUGCUUAAAAGUGACAGACAGCUUACUAUUUGUAACUUGGCCCCAGUGAUUGUUACUGUGAAGAAUGAAAUUAUAAGGAGAUUUUAACAGAGAACUAGUACAAGUUGCACACUGCAUUUUACAACUGUUUUUUGUCAACAAGUAGCAUGAUGCAGUUGCUUUUUGGAGACCUCACUCAAGGGCUUACUCUUAAAGGAGAGGGCAGAUAGGUUCACUCAGAAUAGCUGAGUGUUACUUACACAGUUACUAUUUCACCACAGCGCACAUUGUACUUACGUUUGAAGUAUGUCAAGGGACCGAACAGUUGAGCACUGGAACAGCAGGGAUCACUUUCAUACUUUAAUUUCUCCACUGGGCAUUUAGAAUUUUGUUACACAAUCCAUAUGUACUUAUACCUGAUACUUCUCAGUGAAACUGUGGUACCUAGUGAGAGCUGUCACAGAUCUUACACUACUGGAGUUCAUUAGUCCUUCAGAAAGAAUGUGUUUCUAUUAAUAAAGAUUUACAACCGAA